AUGGAAACGGAGGACGAUUCUUCAACAACAACUUCUUCUUCGACUUGGACUUGUUCUUCAACGUCAGACAUAUUAGUAACUUCUUCCUCAGAUAGAUCUGGUCAGUUAGUGGUAAGAAAAUAUUUUGUGAAAAAUUUACCCAACCAACCAGGGUUCGCACGAAGGUGUGAAAAUCACGUGACACUUUUUGGGGUUGGCAGCAGCAGACAGUUAGAUAAAGAGCGGGAUCUCGAUGGCACCGCCCACGGUCUGCAGUCGGUCUGCCUUAUCGGACUUGUUAUUCUUGCGGGGUUCGAGCUUGCGUUUUUUCGACCGCGACGGCUUGGUCGGGCCGGUCUGUUUCGGUUCCUGUGCGGGUGCAGGGCCGAGUCCCAGGACAGACUGGGCCAGCUCGUCGGUGAUCUGGAGCUCAUUUGGCUCGCCAGCCGAGCUCGGCACAGACAACUGUGUGUUGACGGACUGAAAGUAGUCGUCGAUGGUGGUCAAUUGGCCGUUUCUGGCGAUUUUGAUCACCUUGACGUUUUCGUCUUCUCGUAUCAGCUGCUCCACAAACCGGUUGUGGUAGCCGUUUCUGAACGCACCAGAGUCGUCGACCUGUGUGGACUCCAGUGUGGUGAACUCGACUCCGGUGCCGUAGAACAGGUUCUUGCCGUCUGCGGAAGACAGAUUAGAUCCGUUCAAAGAUGA